CCUGAGAAAGCACUCAGGCUUCCGUAGAACGUAGCGCGUGCGCACUGCUCGUUUAUGCGGACGUGUUGUGGUGUUCAGCAUAGUGAAAGUUGUAAUUUGUGUACUUCGAUGACACAAUGAAAAGCAGAUUCAAUACAGUGGACAUUAGGGCAGUGAUUGCCGAGCUCAAUGUCAACUAUGUGGGGAUGCGAGUGUACAACGUCUACGACAUUGACAGCAAGACCUACCUCAUUCGCCUACAGAAGCCGGACAGUAAAGUCGUCUUGUUGAUCGAGUCGGGCAUACGGAUUCACUCCACAGACUUUGAGUGGCCCAAAAAUGUCAUGCCCUCUGGUUUUGCUAUGAAAUGCAGGAAACACCUGAAGUCCAGGAGACUGGUACAUAUAAAACAACUAGGUGUGGACAGGAUUGUGGACAUUCAGUUUGGCUCUGAAGAGGCUGCGUACCACCUUAUAGUUGAGUUGUAUGACAGGGGGAACAUAAUCCUGACAGAUCAUGAGUAUACCAUACUGAACCUGCUGCGCUUUCGUACCGCUGAGGCAGAGGAUGUGAAAAUUGCAGUGAGAGAAAGAUACCCCAUAGAGAAUGCCAGGCCUUCUGAACCCCUUAUCAGCCUGGAGAGGCUUAAAGAUAUUUUAUCCAAAGCUCAGAGUGGAGAGCAAAUAAAAAAGAUUCUAAAUCCCCACCUUCCAUAUGGAGGUACUCUAAUUGAACACUGCCUUAUAGAAGUUGGUUUUCCUGGUCUUUUGAAAAUGGACUGUCAAUUUAACAUGACAGAAGCUGGACCAAAACUUAUGGAGGCUUUGCAGAUGGCAGAGAGCUAUAUGGAGAAAGCAGCAAACUUUAACGGAAAGGGUUACAUCAUUCAGAAAACUGAAAAAAAGCCAAGCAUGACUCCAGACAAACCACAUGAAGAGUUGCUCACGUACGAAGAAUUUCACCCAUUUUUAUUUACCCAACACUCAAAGAGCCCAUAUGUUGAAUUUGAGUCUUUUGAUAAGGCUAUCGAUGAGUUUUUCUCCAAGAUGGAGAGUCAGAAGAUUGAUAUGAAAGCACUUCAGCAGGAGAAACAAGCCCUGAAAAAGCUUGAGAAUGUGAGAAAGGAUCAUGAGCAAAGGUUGGAGGCUCUACAUCAGGCCCAGGAGGUGGACCGUUUGAAGGGUGAGUUGUUGGAAAUGAAUCUCCCCAUUGUAGAGCGAGCUAUUCAGGUGGUGCGCAGUGCUCUGGCUAAUCAGGUGGACUGGGCUGAGAUCAGCUUAAUUGUCAAAGAAGCUCAAGCAGCUGGAGAUCCCGUGGCAUGUGCAAUUAAAGAGCUGAAACUACAAACCAACCAUAUCACUAUGCUACUGAAGAAUCCAUAUAUUGGCCCAGAGGAAAGAGAGGAACAGGAAGAAGUUUCAGAAGAUACUAAAGAAGGCUCUGAGCAGCCAAAGGGGAAGAAAAAUAAGAAUAAAGACAAAGGACAGAAGGGCAAGAUCCAGAAGAAUAAACCCAUACUGGUGGACGUGGACCUUGGUUUAUCUGCUUAUGCCAAUUCAAAAAAAUAUUAUGACCACAAGCGGAAUGCUGCCAAAAAGGAGCAGAAAACAGUUGAGGCAGCAGAGAAGGCCUUUAAGUCUGCUGAGAAAAAGACCAAGCAAACCCUUAAAGAAGUCCAGACAGUGACAACAAUUCAGAAAGCCAGAAAAGUCUUCUGGUUUGAAAAGUUCCUGUGGUUUAUUAGCUCAGAGAACUAUCUCAUCAUUGCUGGGCGGGACCAGCAGCAGAAUGAGAUGAUAGUUAAACGUUACCUGCGACCAGGGGACAUCUACGUCCAUGCUGAUCUUCAUGGAGCCACAAGCUGUGUUAUCAAGAAUCCAUCUGGUGAGCUUGUUCCCCCACGCACACUAACCGAGGCUGGAACAAUGGCUGUGUGCUACAGUGCUGCUUGGGAUGCCAAAGUGAUCACCAGUGCUUGGUGGGUCCAUCAUAACCAGGUAUCCAAAACUGCACCAACAGGAGAGUACUUGACAACAGGAAGUUUCAUGAUUAGAGGGAAGAAGAAUUUCUUACCCCCCUCGUAUCUUAUUAUGGGAUUUGGUUUUCUCUUCAAAGUGGAUGAGCAGUGUGUGUUUAGACACCGGGGAGAGAGGAAGGUUAAAACUCUGGAGGAAGACGUGGAAGACAUGAGCUCUAGUACUGCAGAGCUUUUAGAGGAGGGAGAGGAGCUGUUGGGAGAAGAUAGUGCAAAUGAAGGAGAGGCUGAGGGAGAAGACAUGUCAGAAGAGGAUGGCAGAAUGGAAGAAGGACAAGAUGAAGAUGUACUACAAAGAGUGGAAGCAGAAGAGAAAAUGGAAGCUAAUGAGGAGCAGUCAGCUGAAAUCCAACUUGAGACACUGAAGCAGGAGGAGGGGAAGAAGGAGGUGUGUGAACAGAAAGGAGAAAAGGGGAUUGAUGAUGAGACUAAGAGUGAGGAGGAGAGUACUGACAUCAGUUUUCCAGACACCACAAUCCUGCUCACACACCUUCAGUCUAACAGGGGAAUCACCAAUGCUGGUUUCAAACAAGAAGUUUCAACACGGGACAACACAGUGCUACAAGGCAAAAAGUACAUGAGUGCAAAGCAGAGAAGGGAUAUGAAGAAGAAGCAGAAACAGGGAAGCAGUGAACAUCCGGAAGAAUCUGAGAUGAAAAAAGAGGAGAGCCAAAGUUCUUCUGCAACUAAUCAGAGUUCUAAGAGUGGAGGAACUGCUCAGCCUCUGAAGAGAGGACAAAAGAACAAGCUGAAGAAAAUCAAGGACAAAUACAAAGACCAAGAUGAGGAGGAUCGAGAGCUAAUGAUGAAGCUACUUGGGUCUGCAGGCUCCAAUAAAGAAGAGAAAGGGAAGAAAGGAAAGAAGGGAAAAGAGGAGCCCGUGAAGCUAGCACCUCAGAAAUCUGCUCAAAAGCCAAGAGUUCCAGCGAUUGUAGUGAAGAAAGCUGAACAGCCUGGGGCUGAAAUCAGUCAAGCAGGACAAUACAGCACAGAACAGGAUGACAAGGAUCCUGAUGAUUUGGAUCAGGAGACUCCUGCAGCAGAGGAAUAUGAAAAUUUUCUUGACUGUCUCACUGGUCAGCCACAUCCAGACGAUGUGCUUCUGUUUGCAGUGCCUGUGUGUGCACCUUACACAGCUCUCUCCAAUUACAAGCACAAAGUGAAACUGACUCCUGGGACACAGAAGAAAGGAAAAGCUGCCCGAACUGCUGUGUUCAGCUUCAUGCAUGCUAAAGAAGCCAGUGCCAGAGAGAAAGACCUGUUUCGCAGCGUUAAGGACACUGACCUAUCAAGAAACAUGCCUGGCAAAGUCAAAGUAUCUGCUCCAAACCUUUUGGCAGCAAAGAAGAAGUAAACUUAUGGAAUACUGGCUUUGGUUGCAGACAAUAUGGGGGGUGCUCCAAAAAUGUUUUCUUAUAUUAGUUAUUUGUUUAGCAUAAAGUGCUUCUGCUACAUAUUUAUCCAGUCCCACUGAUUUUUGAGAGAUUUGUGAAAAAAAAUAUAAAGAACACUGUUGACAGCUUUAAAAAGGCAUUGUUCAAUUUAGUUAUUUUUCUGUUCAAGACCAAAAUAUUUAGAGAAAAAUGGCCACAUUGUCUACUUGAUAUACUGGCCACACUGAUAAAAUGGCCACAUUGUCUACUUGAUACUUGAAAACUUCUGGCAAAACAGACCACAUCAGCAACAGUUUUUCAUGUUUCUUUCAUGUUUUCAUAUAAAAAUUCUAAGAAUUAUUAAAGCAAAGUAUGUCCUCUCAAACACAUGCACAAAAAGUGACGAUGAAAUUAAGGCUUAUGUACUUUGUAAACUUCUUGUGUACAGUGUAUAGCAAGUCCUAUUCAUCUGCAUGAUGAAAGCAAUGUGUAAAAUAAUACUCCUUCCUGACUGGUAUUUCUAUUGAAAAUUGUAGUAAUAAAUCAAAGAGACUGGACAUGCCAAGAUGUUCUGCUGUUAGAUGAGAGGUGAAAUCGUUUGAAGUUAACAUGUACAGCCACAUUAGAUAAUCAAAGGAACCAGAGUGAAAUCAACCCUCAUUAAAACAACAUACAUUAAGAACAUUAUUUGAAUGACACGGAACACAUGUACACAGUUAUGUAGAAUAUUAAAAAUGCAAGUGAAGUUUAGCAGGCUAUAUAUUUUACAUACAGGUUUUUAAUGGAUGGCAAUAAUGAAUGUUAAUUGUAUGAGUCCUUAUAUAUCAAAUAAAUGAGAACAUUUUCCUUAUACAUAAUUUGUAUCCAAUACAAAUACAAGUAACUGAGUGGAUGACAUGUCUAGUAUUAGUAAUAAUGAAUUAGCAUGCUUCUGAUUGCUUGUUUAGUGGAAUGAGAGAUGAUGGUUAAAAAAAAAAAAAAAUCAGCAGAAGAACUGGAUGCUCAGGAGUGAUAUCACAGCAUCACUAAACCAUGUAAAAUCAUACAUUUUAUUUAGAAUAUACAGGGUUUACCGAACAACCACCAUACAAGCUUUGAUUUUGGACUAGAAGGGGCCUUUAACCUCCAAACAGCAUCUGUAUCUCUGUCUCAGCAUUCUUCAAACAAGCCUCUUUCGAGUUAAGCACAGGAGCACUGGAGUUGUGCCACAGAUUCCCAAUAUUGCGCUUAGCUUACUGAAAUGUGUAUGUAUGUGGUUCUAGGAUCCUCCAGUAUUGGUUGAACCGAAUCUCUGUUGGAGGCUGUGUAGGAGAUGUUUGGGCAAGCAGUCAAACAUGCUCUCAAGCUGAUGUCUGUGCUGCAUAAUAACCUCUGUACAGCACCUAUGCAUAAACACACACACACACACACACACAAAAAUCUCUGGCCACUGAGUAAUAUGACUGCAUUAUGUAACAGCCUGAACUAAAUACUCACCUAAGCAGGGACUUUGGCUGAACUGUGAAAAUUAGUAGCUCAUUGCUAUGGGACUGUUGAGGAGAGAAAAACAAAAUUUGUCAUGGUUGAGAAUCCAUGUGUGAAAUAGAAAAAAUAUGCAAAUGAGAUGUUUAAAACAGUUUUUGGCUUUAAAGCAAUAAAUAUUACAAAAACGU